GGCAUUUUUCUAUUGUUCGCAUCAUAAAUAAUUGGAAAUAAGAGAAAUGUGGCAUCGUCGCAUGACGAAUCACUUUUAUUAUAGGAUGCCCCUAUUUGUAAGAGUUGCAAUACUUGUCGUUCACCCUACCUCGUUAGGUAUUUCCCUCCACACAUUUAACCGUUUUCCAUGUAUUUUUUAAGCCAUUUAAGAAGUAUUUUUAGUAGAAAUGGCUUGCGCUGAACAAGGGCAUGUAAAGAGCGUGUUUGUAGAAGUGGAAGAAAAUGACAAAUUAGAAAACGAUUGCUUUGAGGUGUCUUUUGUAAAUUCUGGUGGUACUGUAGGUGACAACGAUUGUGUCAUGCAACAGUUGCGGCUUAAAAGUAAACGCGUGGAACAAUUGUUCGGAGCCUCAGAAAUUUGUUUUAAGCAGCAGAGUUUGAAAUUUCAAGGAAAAUGGGUAAAUUUGUCAGAGACCUCUCCUAUUAAAGACAGUGCCACGUUAAAGUGUGUGAUAAAACCCAAAGCGUUGAAUGUUGAUGCACUCCAAGUCUUGCUUAAUCCUCCCCCUGUGAACGUUGAAAAUUCUGUGGAAGAGAACAACAUUAUGAGCUUAGACUACACUGUAGACAUCGUCAGUAGAAGUGAAACUCAAGACGAUAACAGUCUAUCAGGUAGUGGCAUUGAUGAGAACUCUGAUGACACUUUGGUCUUACCAAACAGAAGACCCUGCACACUAGCUCAUACCCAAUCAACACUGAAUAAGCAACCACAGAGUUUUGAGGUGCCAAAGGACUACAAGUUACCAACAUGCUUUAGUCCGAUAGUGGAUAAUAAAUUGUCAAGCAAGGCAGCCCUCAACGACAUUGAGUACAAUGUAAUCUGCAGGGAGGUUGGUCGUUCCCUGAAACCAUACGGCACACACCCUCAAGUUUACCAACUUGCAGCUGUCAGUCGGAGUGUUUUCCAGAAGUGGCCCAGUAUGGCAUGCUUCAAAGGUGGUAUAGAGGAGGAGUUUCAGCAAUUUUUUACAUUAAAAUUGCGGCGUUAUUUCGAACGGCAACGGGAGAAAGAAACUAAGUCUAGGGUUGCAAUGCAACUUCUUACGAUACUCAUCACACCCAGGAAAAAAGACAAACAUGCACACAGGCACUUUUUUGACCAACGAGAAGAAUCUGCCUCAACGCAGAGCUCGAUCGAUGAAAUUAAACGGCCAGCUCCAUUUAUUCUCGCCAUCGGGGCUGAGCUGUAUGUUGUGACAGCUGGGCAAGUUUUUUUUAAAUUUGGAUCCCAAAGUAGUACCGAGGCCAUUCUAGCCCUACUUGCCGCAUACUACAUAUUUGAUCUCGAGUACAGCAAGUACGUCAAGUCAGCUCUAUUUUUCCUCCAAAGUUAUUGCAUGAAAGAACCAGAUCGUGUCACAAACUCUUGUUCGGCACUGAAUGUGUUCUUGAGUCUCAUCGAAUGCUACAAAGAUCGAAGUAGUCAGUAAGUAUAUGUUGCUCUUAUUGUAUAACAGUCAUCGUUUAUGUUGCUCUUAUUGUAUAACAGUCAUCGUUUAUGUUGCUCUUAUUGUAUAACAGUCAUCGUUUAUGGCCAUAAGAAUACAGACCUUGUUGCAUACA